UGAUUUGGCGUACACGAUUCAGCGGUCCUGAGUUCUUUCUUUGUAUUGUGGAAGAGAUAGUGAAAAGUUUUUAAAAUAUCGUUAAUUUGUAAAAUAAGCUUCGUAUUUGUGUUAACAAAAUGAAGCCACUUGGUGGUUUAGCCACACUUCUUGUGGUGUUUGCUGUGGUGCUCCGGGAGCAGCAAGUCCAGGCUGCCUGUGGAUAUACGAACUGUCCAGAGGGAAAGCCAAAUAUGAUCAAUGUCCAUUUGGUGCCUCAUUCCCACGACGAUGUCGGCUGGCUAAAGACUGUCGACCAAUAUUAUUAUGGCGCUCGUAAUAGCAUUCAAAAGGCCGGCGUACAGUAUAUACUGGAUACUGUCGUACAAGAACUGCUAAAGGACGCAAAUCGACGAUUUAUUUACGUGGAAUCAGCGUUCUUCUUCAAGUGGUUCAACGAACAGACCGCUGAUGUGCAAGCACAAGUAAAAACUCUGGUCAAUGACGGUCGUUUGGAAUUUGCUGGCGGUGCUUGGUCUAUGAAUGACGAAGCGGCUGUGCAUUAUCAGUCGGUGAUCGAUCAAUUUACGCUCGGUUUGAAACAACUUCAAGACAAUUUGGGUACUUGCGGUCGUCCUCAUGUGGGCUGGCAAAUUGAUCCUUUCGGUCACUCUCGUGAAAUGGCGUCGCUUUUUGCACAGAUGGGGUUUGAUGGCGAGUUCUUUGCACGCAUGGAUUGGGUUGAAAAGGGCGUGCGUAUUAAAAAUUUAGAUGCGGAGAUGGUAUGGCAAGCUAGCGAGGAUCUGGGUGACCAAGCUGAACUCUUCACGGGUUUGCUAUACAACCAUUAUUCGGCGCCGCCUGGUUUCUGUUUCGAUUCAUUAUGUAACGAUGCACCAAUCGUGGAUGGCGACAGCUAUGAUAAUAAUGUGAAAGAGCGGGUUGACACUUUCAUUGAAUACAUUCACAAUGUGACAAUUCACUACCGUGACACAAAUGUGCUCAUUCCCAUGGGAGACGACUUUAACUACCAGAAUGCAGCAAUGAACUUUAAGAAUAUGGAUAAAUUGAUCAAGUACGUCAAUAAACGCCAAUCGCAUGGCUCUAUAGUAAAUAUUUUCUACUCUACGCCUGCUUGCUACUUGAAAGCGGUACACCAGUCACCGCUCACUUGGCCCACCAAGACAGAGGACUUCUUCCCCUAUUCUACUGAUUGGCAUACUUACUGGACCGGCUACUAUAGCUCUCGUCCCACUCAGAAGCGUUUUGAACGCGAUGGCAAUCACCUUCUGCAGGUUACCAAACAACUCACCACCCUGGCAAAUCUCACUGGCACCGAUGUGGAUAGGAAUUUGGAUAAGCUUCGCCACGCCAUGGGUGUAAUGCAGCAUCAUGAUGCCAUCACUGGCACGGAGAAGCAGCAUGUCGCGGAAGAUUAUGAUCGUCUGUUGGCUGCAGCUAUUGAGGCCGCGCAAUCGAACGCACAGUCCGCUUUGCAAACAUUGACUGGCCUUACAAAUGCCGAAUUCGUCAGUUGCCUGCAGUUGAACAUCAGUGUUUGUGACUUUACUAAGAAUGAGAAGAAUCGGUUCGUGGUCACAUUAUUCAAUCCACUUGCGUGGGCCUCGACCCAAUAUGUGCGCGUACCAGUGCAGAAUGAGGUUUACGUUGUGACUGAUGAUACGGGUCGCGUUAUUACUUCCGAUUUGCUGCCUAUACCCAGUGAGGUGCAGAGUUUGAGUUUCCGUCCAAGCGAUGCGACACAUGAACUUAUUUUCCCAGCAUACGUGGAGAAAUUACGUAGCUACUAUAUCCAAAGGAGAGGUGAUCCACGCACCUCUGAAGAACUAAAAGACAACCAACCAAGAUCCGAGAUCAUUGUGGAGAAUUCGUUGGUUAAGCUGGUCCUUGACUCCACUGGUCAUCUCUCACUUGUUGAGAUGAAUGGCGUUAGCGAAAAUAUUCGUCAAGACUUUUACUAUUACAAGGGUGCAGCUGGUAAUAAUGCUGAGUUCAAGAAUCGAUCUUCAGGUGCUUAUAUCUUCCGUCCUAACGGCAGUGAGUUGCUCAUUGGUGAUUUAGUCAGCUUCAUGAUUUACGAGGGUACUCAAGUGAAAGAGGUGCAUCAAAAAUUCAAUGAUUGGGUGUCACAGGUGAUUCGUAUUUACGAAGGUGUCAAUCGUGUUGAAUUUGAAUGGCUUGUCGGCCCUAUACCAAUCGAUGACAACAUCGGCAAGGAGGUAAUUACUCGUUUCACCAGCAACAUCAAUUCGAAUGGCGUUUUCUAUACCGACUCCAACGGCCGCGAAAUGUUGCGACGCGUACGUAAUCGACGUGAAUACUUCACGCCUAAUCUAAAUGAGACUGUUUCGGGUAAUUAUUAUCCAAUCACUGCUCGUAUAGCCAUUGAAGAUGACAAGAAACGCAUUGCAUUACUCAAUGAUCGGGCUCAGGGUGGUAGCAGUUUGAAGGAUGGCGUGCUUGAGCUUAUGCUGCACCGGCGCCUUUUGCUAGAUGAUGCUUUUGGUGUUGGUGAGGCAUUGAACGAGACUGCUUUCGGUCAAGGCGUGGUGGCACGCGGUAAAACUUAUCUGGUGUUGGGCAAUGUAGAGGAUAAGCCAUCGCGUAACGAACGCAUCACGCAGCAGCAGAUUCACUUACCUUACUGGAAAUUCUUUAGCAGCGCCGCCAAGGCUACUAAUGAGGCACCUGAAAUUCCUGCUUUCAAUCUACCGGAAUCUGUAAAUUUACUAACUUUAGAGCCAUUCAACGCAAAUGAGCGCUUAAUACGUUUGGAGAAUUUCAUGGACAGUAGUGAAACUGAAGCUGUUGCUUUUAAUUUGCGUCCGAUUUUCGACCAAUUGGCCGGAGUGGAGAUACGGGAAACCACAUUGGACGGUAGUUUAGGUUUGAGUGAAAUGAGUCGCUUCAAAUUUCAGCUGGAUGGCUCAAAGGUUACAGAGCCUGAAUAUUACAAAGCCUCAUACGCCCCACUGGCAGCGACGAGGGACGAUGUGGCGAACAAAUUCGAUAUAGUUUUGAAUCCCAUGCAAAUACGUACGUUCAUCAUUAAGUGUGAGUAAGGGUUUUAAUGGUUUAAAUAAAUAUAAUA